GAAUGUGCUCCCUGAAGCGUUUUUUGAUUUCCUGUCUCUCUGAAUGACACCUGAGAAAUGUAUGUCUGGUGCUUGUCUUCCUGUCUCUCGCUGCUGCCUUUUACCUCUUAUUUCCUCUCACUCUCUUUCUAUCAAUCUCUCUCGCUCUCGCUCGCUCUCUCUCCCUUUUUACACACUCACAAUGGAGACACGAUUCUCCAGCCUGUACUGUUUGACCAAGACCCCUGGUCCUGCAGUAGACCAUUGAACACUUAUGUGGGUUAGAGUAGGGCCUUCAGCCAUGGAAAUACAGAAGCCUGAGGCUUUAGCUUCUUGCACCAGAGUAAAAUCUGCCAGUGGCGCCACAUGAAUCUCACAUAGCACAUAGACUUGUUCUCUCAUUGGAUCUAGGCCUACCUCUGUGUAAUCGAUCAUCUCAAUCACUCUCAUCACGUCCUGUUGUUGAAGGUAGGGAGGGAAGGAAGGAACCGUGGCAGGUGUGUUUUGGUCUUGGUGCUGAGCAUGUGUUUAUCUGUUAUGGCUACAGCAGCAGGGAUAGGACAGUGAUGUAUGAGGGUCAACACAGUGCACAGCUUUGUCUCGUGCCAUAUGAUGUUCGGGACUACAGAGCAGUGGAGCAGGUAAUCUGCUGCUCGCAUGUCCUGUCUGUCAGCUAGUUGCCGUGGAGACGUCUGGGCCUGUGUGGCACAGGGCAGGGCAGAUCAAGGGCGAGACAACAGCACUGCAGGUAAACCAGCCCAUCAGGUUUCACACGCUGUCAAAUCCCCUGAUCACAGAGAUGUCAUGUGGCACUCCACGGUGACGCACAGUCUGACGGGACCUUGAGCUGCCGUCUACGAGCAAAGUCGGAAAACAGUCGGGAAACUCUCCUUAGAAGUCUGACUGAAGAGACCUAACUGAAAGAUGAGAUGAGAGGAAGGAAGAAGCUGCUUCCAAAACAUCACAUCAUCUCCUCUUGCUCUGUUCAAUCUCAGCAGUAUUAGAGAGCUGGUUUAUAUUGACUCUUCCAAUAACAACAUCAUUACCAUCUGCAGUAGUAAUGUAACCUGAUGUAAUUACACUGGUGCGGCUGGCAGAGCCACUCAGCCUCAAGCCCUGAUUUCUCUCUACUUAUGGACACAGGAAACCGGGGGACGGGCGGAGACCUGAUGCUAUGAUUCUGAUAAGGAAUAUAUUAAUUGAAUUGAAUCAACUGUAUUGUUCCACAGAGGGGACAUUGGAUUUGACCCCAGCAUAAAAUGGGCAUACAUCAGCACACGUCCAACGGCUAAUACAGUUGCAGCAGACCUAUUGGGAGUAGUCUGACCAGGGAGGGAGUGACUGCAGCAUGGCUUGGUGUGGCUGUGUUAUUCAGGCUGAAAGGCAGAGCUCCUCUACACUGAAGGAGACUAUUGUUCUUUUGUUCCUGCUUGAGGAAACAGCAGAGCAUGCUGGUUAUUAUUGGUAGCCAAGAGCAGCUGUGUGUGUGUUCAACCUAUGUGUGUGUGUGCGCAGCUGGACUCGUGCUGCUCUCCUCAGCUCUCUGUGUGUCGAGUAUAUACUCUUAGGUGUGUGUAUGUGAAAGAGUGUAUAGGGCUAUGUUCAGUACAUUUCAUUCCUGUGUACGGUGCAUGGACUGGCACAUGACGUUGAAGCCUUCCAUGACGGCUUGUAUGUGGGGGUCUGUGUGUGCUGGUAUCAGUGUGUGUGUGUGCACGAGUGCAUGAGGGUUUUGUGUGCGUCACAGCGAUGUCUCAGAUUCCUGCCUUUGUGUCCAGAUGCCAUUCCACAUGGGCACGCCGCUCAUUCCACUCUCCCCAGCCCAGCCCCUCUCUCCACCCUCACUGAGGUUUGUCACAGCCCAGUAGACAGGACGACAGUUAGACUAGCUAGCUACCCAAACCAGCAGUAAAACCGUUUAGAUUAGGGAAAUGAAGCAGGCAGCAGCAGUUCAGGCUGUAGAGAGGAGGCGUGAGUGAAAGGAUCAGGUUACUAUGAGCUGUUCUCCAGACGCAUCUUGUUACCGUCGACGUAUUUAAGAGACCAGCUCAGAUUCUAAUCAGCUUUCCAGAACCUCUUUACUGCUGGACAGCUUUUAUUUUUGUUUUAACAGACCCUCCUUUCGCUUUCAACACUGUUUUUGACUUUUGACUACUGAUUCCAAGCUUUCUUUAUGGACAAGUGUGUUAUUUGCAUGCAUUUGUUUGAAAGUAAUUAUAUAAACUGUACCAUUCAAAUGAACAAACGGCUUAAUUUGAAUUCAUUAUUGAAUGUAAAUGUUUAAGGGUAGAGUGGAUCUGAAAACCAGUAACACACAUCUGCUAAUUAAAAUGUUAUGACUCAACUGUGGCUUUUACAACUAUCUUAACCAAUGACCAUGAGAAUAGAUUUUUCCUUUCACUUCAGAUUGGUUAAUCAUAUACUUCCCACAAGUCUGGAAAGUCCCCAUCUUUCUGUUGUUUACUUAUUGGUAGGGUUGUGAAAAGCCCUCAGGUUUGGGGGACAUCACGUUGAGGCCUGCCCCUGGCCCUAGUCUGGCUGAUCAACGAUCUAUGCUGCUAUGCUGGUGUUAGAGGGAGUUCAAUGGAGUUAAAAGUUGCUCCGUCCGGACAACAAUGGUGUGACGGAGCAGAGUGUUGACAGCAAAGUGCUUAGAAAUGGUGACCCAACCAGGCUUCCUGGGCCACUGAGACGUGAUUCUGGGACGGGCACAGUCCCUCCCCUCAGCCUGCCUGCCCUGCAUCCUCCCCCUGUCUCCCAGACGUCUCCUCUUGAGAGAAUGACCAUCGGCCCAGACCAGCUCUACCGUCACCAUACCACUGUGUGAAUGACUCUUUGUCGAAAAGCCACCGUGCUCUGCCACCCCGUUGUUGCCAUGAAGAGCAAGUAUUCCCAGUACUACAACCGGUCCCUGAUCCAUGCCUACUAUGUGUUUGCCAAGGACAUGACCUGGGAGGAGCUAGAGGAGCGCACCAACGGGAAGGCCCAGCUCAGCUCCCUCAACAUCGUCUUCGUUAUCAUCUGCAGCAUCAUCAUUUUGGAGAACUUGCUGCUGCUCAUUGCCGUGUUCCGCAACAAAAAGUUCCACACCGCCAUGUUCUUCUUCAUCGGGAACCUAGCCUUCUCCGAUCUGCUGGCCGGCUUUGCCUACAUCGCCAACAUCUUCCUAUCAGGGCCAAGGACCUUUGAGUUGGUGCCAGUGCAGUGGUUCAUCAGAGAGGGCACAGCCUUUAUAGCGCUGGCCGCCUCCGUCUUCAGCCUGCUGGCCAUCGCCAUCGAGCGCUACAUCGCCAUCACCAAGGUCAGGGUGUACGGCUCUAACAGGACGUGUCGUAUGUUCCUGCUGAUCGGGACGUGCUGGGUCACCUCCAUCCUCCUGGGAGGCCUGCCCAUCAUCGGCUGGAACUGCAUCAACAACCUGCCUGAGUGCUCGGCCUUGCUGCCCCUCUAUUCCAAGAAGUACAUCCUGUUCGUGGUCACCAUCUUCAGCAUCAUCCUGCUCUCUAUCGGCAUCCUUUACGUGCGCAUCUAUCUGAUCGUGCGCUCCAGCCACCAGGAGGCCACCAACUCUCCGGCCUACGCCCUGCUGAAGACGGUCACCAUCGUGCUGGGUGUCUUCAUCGUGUGCUGGCUGCCCGCCUUCACCGUCCUCCUCCUGGACACCUCCUGCCGCAGGCUGGACUGCCCCGUCCUCUCCAAGGCAGACAUCUUCUUCGGCAUCGCCACGCUCAACUCGGCACUCAACCCGUUGAUCUACACGCUACGCAGUAAGGACAUGAGAAAAGAGUUCCUGCGUGUGCUGUGCUGCUGGGGGCUGCUGACCAGCGGGCGCCCCACCGACCGAUGCCUGGUGCCCCUCAAGAGCUCCAGCUCUAUGGAGCACUGUACCAACAAACACGAACACCAGACCACGCCCAUCAUGCAGGCAGAGUGCACCACCUGUGUCUGACUCGAUGCUAUAAUCACACAGUGUGUGUUUCGGAAUGUGUGUGCGUGCGUGCAUGUCUGUUAGACUGGGUGUGUGAGGGGGAUAGUGUGUGUGAUGGGGCUGUGUGCAGGUGAAGAGACUUAAAGAGGAAAGCACACCUGUGAACCCCCCCAUCCCCAGUCCAGACCUGCCACACAGAAGACCGUCUGUCUGUUUGUCUGGAGAGAUGUCAUAACAUCGUUGACUCUCAUUACAAUCAUACCUGUGUGAAUUCACAAUCAGCAUUCAACCAGAUUCACCACAAGAGCGUCAUAACACAAUCAUCCUCGAGUGAAUUCACUAUUAUUCAAUGAAUUCACAAUCAUAGCUGAGACUUUUUCCCCCUUUUUUUUUAACAAUGUUUUAAACAUUUUCUUAGGGACUUUCACAGAGUGGAGUCACAAUCUUUGUUGAGGGAGUCUUGAUUAUAACGAUACAUGAAUUCAUGUUCUGCAUGUCCGCUUGUUUGACAUGUAUGCAGACUCUUAUGGAAAGCCAAAUCCACAGACACCAUAUACAUAAUACAUAAUCGUGAUGCUGAGUUGUUGGAGUGUUUUCCUGCGCCCUGAUAAUGGAAAGCUUUCACAUAUUGCACUUUGUAGACAUGUAAGCGUUGUGUGAUUUGUUUAUGGCUGUCACCCUCUUGAAAGGUUAAACCACAGAUGUUUCCCUGAGUGAAUUAUAUAUGUCUCGAUACAUACAGUACUCAUAGGCCAUUGCUCAUAUAGAGAGACGUGAGGCACCCAGGCAGUGACUAGUCCUCACUCAGUACUGCACUCCAUGCAGGCCAAACCCCUUACAAGUACCCCUCUAAACCAGGGCUAUAUAUCCUCAUAUAUUAACAUGCAUAGAUCCCUUUGAUUAACUGCAAAAACAAAAGUACUCUGCUUAUGUAUAUUGCAUGACAUUCUAACUCCUUGUAAGAACAAAUGUGUAUUGGUGUACUCCAGUAAGUUCAGCUUGUUCAUUAACAUUCUCUCUCUCUCUCUGAAAUUUGUCCCUCUCGCUUCUACUGUUGUCUUUUGUGACUAACGUUUUCUAAGAGGAAGGCCCAAUCAGAAAACGCAUUUCCUCAAUGACAGCUACCCAGCAGCCCAUAACCAACAGGACUGUUGUCUUGACGAUGUUGUAGCAACGCAGUGGCAGAGUGCGCUUUCUGUUAUUAUUGGGCCUUGCUCCAGGGGAAUGGGCCUGAAUGUAAGUCUGAAGUGUUUGGAGCGAGACCGCUCUAUUUUUUUACAGUAUUAUUGAUCAUUGACUUGUCAUUGAUGUGGAGAGGGUGGGAUUAAACAGGGUAGGUCAAUCUCACUGUGACGUCUUAAAAACAGACCACAACAAAUAACAGGAAUAUCACCACCAAGCCAGUCCAGGUAGAAUGGUUGAAAAAUAGUACAGUGUCCUGUUCAACAAGACAUGGGAUUAGUCCAGCGUAAACACGUCUCAUCUUCCCCAAUCCCAAUAAUCCCUCUCCCCCUCCAUAAACGAGAGAAGAUCCAGUUUAAAGGGGAGUUUAAAGGGGAGCACGGGUCUCCAUUCCCUUCACACGAGAGGUCGCCCUCUUUAUACUCUUAGACACCUAAAUAAACUCUACUUCCUCUAACGGCAGGAAGUCCUGUGUUUCAUAAAGCGGUUCCUGUUCAGGAACAACCUCAUCUGCCUUUGUACAGACACACACUCACGCUCACUUGGCCACGCUUCUGGUCCUCAUCAUAUUUCCAUGCAGGUUUUUACAGUCUGCUAGUUAAGACAGCGAGCCUGGAAUCCAAACUAAUAUGCUCUGUUACACAAUUGUUUCACUUCACAAUAAACUGAGCAUAUAAAUGUAGAUUCCAGGCUAGGCCAGACCAGUAGGAAUAGUGAAAGCACUUUGGCAGAUUCCAUAUUGCCUGACUGCCUGCUCGCUCCCGGGUUUCUUAAAAGACAGCACAAACAUACCUAUCACUUCAUUCAUGUGUUGCCUAGCCCUGUAUGAUUUGUAUAAAUAUAUGAAUGACUAUGUAUGUAAGUAUGUACAGUAUGUAUGUAUGUAAGAACUGUGUUCAUGUAUGGAAUGUCUUGUGUGUCCAGUAGCACGAUGCCUGUGUCAAAACGGUACAUCUUAAACACUAAUAGUGGUACUUUUUAUUUUAUGCAUUCCUUUUUAUAAAAUAAAUGAAAUAUCUAAAGAA